AUGAUCUGUUUUGAGGAUGAUGGCACCAACGGCGAGCUGGGAAUAGGAAUUUCGACGUGCGAGUCCGAAGACGACAUCUCGCGGGAGUUGAUGGAAGUUCGUGGACGAAUACCCAUGGCAAAUCCACAAGAUGCGCAGGCGGACGCGCAACCAGGUGAUACUGUGGACUCGAACGAUACUAAGUGGUUAGACGUUGAUGGUGCGGGGGACGUAGUGCGAGCUGGAUGCGCAGUAAGAUCAGCGCUGGUCGAGAUGGAUGGUGAGAUGGCGAGGUGGAACGAUGAUGAUGCUAUGGGCUGGAGCGUCUAUCCUGAAACGUUGUACAUAGUUUAG